AUGGCUCAACAUUACAAACUGUCUUCCAUCUUAUUGCUUGCAUUUAUCUACUUUAUACAUGACCACAUGAUUACUACUAUAACAGCACGUCGCAUUCUACAAACUUCUAGUUUCUCAAUGUCCACUACCCCUAGUUUCGCAAUGCCUACUACCCCCAGUUUCUCCAAUUCCCCCGGUGUUUCAAAGCCUGCUAGCCCAAGUUUCUCCAAUUCACCUAGCCUUUCGAAGCCCGAGACUCCUAGUUUCUCAAAAUCUGAGACCCCUAGUUUCUCAAAACCCGAGACGCCUAGUUUUUCAACACCUGAGACCCCUAGUUUCUCAAAGCCCGAAACUCCUAGUUUCUCAAAACCCGAAACUCCUAGUUUCUCAAAGCCCGAGACACCUAGUUUCGCAAAGCCCGAAAUUCCUAGUUUCUCAAAACCUGAAACCCCUAGUUUAUCAAAGCCUGAGAUUUCUAGUUUCUCAAAACCCGAAACCCCUAGUUCCCCAAGACUCGAAACUUCUAUUUUCUUAAAGCCUGAGACCCCUACUUUCUCAAAGCCCGAAACUCCUACAUUUUCAAAGCACAAAACCCCUAGUUUCUCAAAGCCCGAGACCCUCAGUUCUCAAAAGCCUGAGACUCCUACUUUUUCAAAGCUAGAGACCCCUAUUUUCUCAAAAUCGGAGACCCCUAGUUUCUCAAAGCCUGAGACUCCUACUUCUCCAAAGCCUGAAACUCCUACUUUCUCAAAUCCCGAAACUCCUACUUUCUCAAAGCCCGAGACCCCAAGUUCUCCGAAGCCUGAGACUCCCAGUUUCUCAAAGCCCGAGACCCCUAGCUUCCCAAAGCCCGAGACUUCUAGUUCCUCAAAGCCUGAGAUGCCAAGUUCCCCAAAAUCUGAGACACCUAGUUUUUCAAAACCCGAGACUCCAACUUUCUCAAAGCAUGAGACUCCGAGUUCCCCAAAGUCUGAGACCCCAACUUUCCCAAAGCCUGAAAUCCCAAGUUCUUUAAAACCCGAGACCCCAAGUUCUCCAAAUCUUGAGACCCCUAGUUUCUUAAAGCCCAAGACCCCUAUCUUUUCCAAGCCCGAAACCCCUAGUUUCUCAAAGCCCGAGAUGCCAAGUUCCCCAAAACCUGAGACUCCUAGUUUUUCAAAACCUGAGACCCCAACUUUUUCAAAGCCUGAGACGCCGAGUUCCCCAAAGUCUGAGACCCCUGCUUUCUCAAAGCCUGAAAUCCCAAAUUCUUCAAACCCCGAGACACCAGGUUCCCCUAAGCCUGUGACCCCUAGUUUUUUAAAGCCCGAAAGCCCUAGCUUCUCAAAUCCCGAGACUCUCAGCUUUUCAAAGCCUGAGACCUCAAGUUUCUCUAAGCCCGAGACUCCAAGUUUCUCAAAACCUGAGACUCCAAGUUCCUCGAAGCCCGAGGCGCCAAGUUCACCAACGCCCGAGAUGCCAAGUUUUAAAAAACCCGACACUCCUAGUUUCUCAAAACUUGAGACUCCAAAUUCUCCAAAGCCCGAGACCCCUAGUUUCUCAAAGCCCGAGACUCCAAGUUCCCUAAAGCCCGAGACUCCAAGUUCCCCAAAGCCCGAGACCUCUACUUUUUCAAAACCUGAGACCCCCAAUUCUCCAAAGUCUGAGACUUCAAGUUCUCCAAAGCCCGAGACCCCUAGUUUCUCAAAGUCAGAGACUCCUAGUUUCUCAAAGCCCGAGAUGCCAAGUUCCCCUACGCCUGAGACUUCUAAUUUCUCAAAGCCCGAGACUCCAAGUUUUACAAAGACCAAGGCUCCUACUUUUUCAAAACCUGAGAACCCAAGUUCUCCAAAGCCUGAUACUCCAAGUUUCUCAACUUCCGAGACUCCUACUUUCUCAAAGCCCGAGACCCCAAGUUCCUCAAAACCUGAGACCUCAAGUUUCUCAAAGCCCGAGACUCCUAGCUUUUUAAAUCCUGAGACACCAAGUUCGCCAAAGCCCGAGGCAUCAAGUUCUCCAAAGUUUCAGACUCCUAGUUCCUCAAAGCCCGAGACUCCAAGUUCCCCAAAGACCGAGACUCCAAAUUUCCCAAAGCUUGAGACUCCAAGUUCUCCAAAGCCCAAUACACCUAAUUUCCCAGAGCCCGAUACCCCAAGUUUCUCAAAGCCCGAGACCCCAAGUUUUCCAAAACCCAAAACUCCUAGUUCUGAAAAGCCUGAGACACCAAAUUCCCCAAAGCCUGAGACCCCAAGUUCUCCAAAUUUUGAGACUCCUAGUUUCUCAAAACCCGAGACCCUUAAUUCCUCAAAGCCCGAGAUUCCAACAGCCCCAAAACUCGAGACUCCUGGUGUCUCUAUGCCUGAAAUACCUAGUGUACCAAAGCGUGACCUACCAACUACCCCAAAACCUGAGAUCCCAACUUUUACAAAGACUGAAUUACCAGUUGUUUCAAAUCCUGAGAUUCCUAGUGUGAUAAAGACAGAAAAUCCAAAACUUUCUAAACCAACAUUGUCAACUUCUCCAUGAGUAACUAUGGUGUUAUUCAUGUGUCAUGACUUGUGC